CCUACAACGACUUAGCUUUGUUAUCAAAGUCUAAUUGAUACCAUGGUACGCUAUUAACUACAGCAAAACAUAAAGAUAACAAGAAUGAUAGUGAAGCAUGGAGUGAUUUUCUUCCUAUGUGGGGCUGCAUUAUUACAAGUGGCACAAUCUAGAACACAUCACAAAGGACACUCUAAAAAUGAACGUGGACAAUUAUCCAAGAGAACGUUGUACGGUUUUGUUAAAAACAUUCAGCAAUACAARCAAAAUAUUCAUGAAAGAUCUCAUCCGAGAUCAUUCUACAGUUCCUACAACAUUGGAUAUCCCUUUCCAGCACCGGCUCCCGCACCGGCACCUUAUCCWAUGUCGUAUGCGAACUCAUUUCCAAGCUACUACCCGUCUCCUGCCGCUGCCCCAGCGCCAGCCAUGUAYCCUUCACCAGCAGCUCCUAUGGCGGCUCCUGCGCCUGCAUCUUCAGCAAUUAUGUAUCCUGCGGCAGCUCCCAUGGUGGCCCCUGCCCCUGCGCCAUCACCAGUGAUGUUUCCUGCAACAGCACCUGCAAUGGCAGCUCCCAUGAUAUUUCCUGGAAGCACUUUCCCUGGAAAUACAUUUGCUGGUGCGUUUCCUGGAAGUACAUUUCCCCAUUACUCGGCUAAUGAAGAUACCCAACCAGACCGAAAUGAGGUCUUCACCAUCAAAGGAAGACAUUUUAAGAGUAUUGGAUGCUGGACUGACAGUGUCUCUGAUCGAGCUAUAAACAUUUUGGAGGGAAAACAUCCUUUAUUAAGAGACAGUAAUUACAAAGCUCGCAGCAAUGCUCUCAUGAAAUGCGCCGAGGCAGCCAUGGACAAAAAAUUCAAGUUCUUCGCAUUGCAAAAUGGUGGCCAGUGUUUUGGCCAGGCRGAUCAGGUUGAAUCGUACAAGAAGUUCGGACCCUCAAUCAAUUGUAAAGGUGAUGGAGAAGGCGGACCACAAAGUAACGAGGUUUACAGGUAKAAAGAAAUAUUACUAUUAUUGAGCAACACCAAUAUCUUGUAG